AUGAAUGUCUUGGCCAUGGAUAUUCAUGAGUACCACAUUAGUCUUCGCGGCUUGAACGCAGAAAAACAUCUGCCCACCCCCAGUGAUGAGCCUGCUCACCUUCACCGCCUACACAAUCUAGAGCAGAGGGCGGGUACGCAAGGCAUCCGGCACCAUUCGCAGGAACAGAAUGAAGGGAUGAUCCCUGCUUUAAUGGGGUUUGGUGAGGCUAGCAGCUUUGGCCCUUCUAGUACCCAGCCUCCCACCAACCUCCGCAAAUCCGUCCAUUUUCUAGAUCAGCCGACAAGACUAGAGACGCCAGCCAACACGGUCUUCUUAUCUCCGAGCAUCUUCGAACCAGUCCCCCUACGUGCGGGCGACUUCCUUAUGUUAAAAGAGUCAUAG